AGAGAGAGAGAGAGAGAGAGAGAGAGAGAAGAUGGAGCCCGUGUCUUUGGACCAGUCGGCUACUGUGGAUGAGCUGGUAACAGCCUGUAUUCAAGCAUUCGACGAUAAAGGUGGACUAAAAGACCCCUCCAUGGUGCGAAUGUUCCUGAUGAUGCAUCCCUGGUACCUCUCCUCUAUUGAGCUGGCAAAGAAACUCCUACAGAAAUCACAGGAGGAGACCUGUACAGAAGAGCUUCGAACACGAAUCUGCCACCUAGUGAAGUACUGGAUAGCGGAGUUUCCUGCGGAGUUUAAUCUGAACCCAGAGCUGUCUGAGCAGAUUAAGGGUCUGAAAGAGCUGCUCAGCACUGAAGGAAACGAGCGUCAGAGUCAACUCAUCGACGUGGAGAGUGUGCCAUCGUUUAAGUGGAAGCGUCAGGUCACCCAGAGGGUUCCGUCGACGUCCAAGAAAAGGAAAAUGUCUCUUCUGUUUGAUCACCUGGACCCCAACGAACUGGCUGAGCAUCUCACCUACCUGGAGUACAAGUCUUUCUGCAAGAUACUGUUCCAGGACUACCACAGCUUUGUAAUGCAUGGCUGUACGGUGGACAACCCCAUUCUGGAAAGGUUUAUCACUCUCUUCAAUAGCGUCUCCCAGUGGAUCCAGUUAAUGGUCCUGAGCAAACCCACAGCUCCCCAGCGCGCCGCCGUCGUCUCCCACUUCAUACACGUAGCGCAGAAACUGUUACAGCUGCAGAAUUUUAAUACUCUAAUGGCUGUAGUGGGAGGACUCAGUAACAGCUCCAUAUCCAGACUCAAAGACACACAGUCACACAUUAGCAACGAGUCUAAUAAGAUCUUUAACAGCCUGGUUGAGCUGAUCACCUCCUGUGGGAACUACAGUCAGUAUCGACGUCGGUUCUCAGAAUGCUCUGGGUUUCGGUUCCCGAUCCUGGGGGUCCACCUGAAGGACCUGAUCGCGGUGCACGUGGCUCUGCCGGACUGGGCCGACCCGGAGAAGACCCGGGUGAACCUGACUAAGAUGCAGCAGCUGUACGCCAUUCUGCAGGAGCUCACCCAGAUCCAGAACACACCCCCCAACAUCGACGCCAACACGGACCUCCUCAACCUGCUCACGGUGUCGCUGGAUCAGUAUCACACAGAAGAGGAGCUUUAUCAGCUGUCCUUACAGAGAGAACCACGAAGCUCUAAACCAGCAAACUCAAACCCCAGCCCAAGUCCAGCACCCAAGCAGCCGUCAAUGAUUGAUGAAUGGGCCACUUCCGUCAAACCCAAAGCCGACCCCGCCUUAAUCAACAAACACAUCGAGAAGAUGGUGGAGUCGGUGUUUAAGAACUUUGACACGGACGGGGACGGGUACAUAUCCCGUGAGGAGUUUGGUAUUAUCCAGAAUAAUUUCCCCUAUCUCAGCAAGUUUGGAGAACUGGACACCAACCAGGAUGGAAAGAUCAGCCGUGAGGAGAUGAUUGAGUACUUUACGCAGGCCAGUUCUCUGCUCAACUGUAAAAUGGGUUUUAUUCACACCUUCGUUGAGGCCACCUAUAUGAAGCCCACUUUCUGCGAGCACUGUGCCGGCUUUAUAUGGGGUUUCUAUAAACAAGGCUACAAGUGUAAAGCAUGUGGUGUUAACUGCCAUAAGGCCUGUCGUAACCGUUUGGCGGUGGAAUGUCGUAAACGGACCAAAAGCAUCAGUCACGAGGCUCCGCCCACCCUGCAGGCCAGAUCAUUUAGCUUUCCUCCUCCAUCAAGUCCACCUAAUUUACAGGACUCAGUCAUAGUGGAGGAAGACAUCGAGUCCUUGGAGGAAGGGGUCUUUGAUGUCCAUUUAUAAUCAGAGACAUGACAAACCGGCUCUGUCACAACAACAACACCACCACCACCACCAACACCACCAACAACAAAAUGAAGUGUCA